AUGCCCAACACGAAACGUGCAGUUGAGCCUGACGCAAGCGAGGGUUCAUCUCCGACCAAAAAGUCCAAGGCAGCUACCACCAACCAAAUCCCCGCGCAGUCCAGCUCAUCUGUUCCACCCCACCUCACCACUUUCGCCUUCGAAGCUCCUAACAACGACAAAGUUGCGCAAACUGCCUCGAUCUCCAGUACCGCGCCAUCGAAGUUUGUUCCCCAAUUUCGACCUGCUAACAGAAUGGCACCCGAGUCGACCGAUGAGGUAGGCGAGAGUUCUGGCGUCAACGACCAGGUCGCGGCGCAGGGCCCAAGCCAGCCUUCUACCUUCAAAGACACACUUGCUCUUGCCCAGGAGCAGUCCGCUGUCUGGCAGUAUGUCAAGAACCUGCUAGACGGUACCAAGUUCAACUGCAAGAGCGAACUUGAGCAGCAAGCCUACUUGCAGAUCCUGAGCCUGCCAAAGCGAAAUGACCUCGACGACAAAAUCAUGUGGGAGGCUGACAAACACCAGCGUCGCUACCACGUCAUCAUGGGCGCCAUCUUGCAGGUGGUUGGUGUGGAGGGCCACUGCAGUGCCUGUCCAGUCAAAGCCAAUUCUGAACACAAGCAACAGACUUGCAUCGGACUUCCUCCAACUGCGACCGGUCCAGAGUACGAGGAUCUUCAGAGCUAUGUCGCGUCGCGAUGCUGCAACUGCAUUCGAUCGACUUACGCGCCGCACACGUGCUCUUUCAAGGCUGGCCACCCCAGUGACGAUCAACAAAUCUCCAGUGCAGCGGCCGCCGUAGUCAAGAACAAUUGCUCUGCCUCAGCGGAGAUCUCCCAGCCUCAGACCCGAGCUUCCGUGAUCCUUGCCGCAGCUAACGAAGCACUCCGAACCCAUUUCAAAACAUCUCCAAGCGCGAGCCCUAAAACAGGCAAGGAGAACGCGAGCUUGGAAGCCGCCUCAAAGAUCCUCGCUGAGAUUUGUUCUAUCGGAUUCGACGCCAGCAAUCAGCUUCCUCAGAAUGAAUUAGCAGACUUUCUCAAUUGGAUGACCUCGAUGUUCUCGUUCUCGCCUUCGUCGCCAGACUUGGAGAAGCAGGCCAUCGCUCUCCGCGCGCGCAUUCUGGAGCUGCCUCCGAACAUUCAGACCAUCGUACGGCAGAGAGUUGUUGACAUGCUCCCCGGAGCAAUGGGCAGACCGGCGUGA